UUUUUCUGAUGAUGCAUAAAAACAGAAAACAAACACUUAUGACUGCUUUUGUGGUCCAGUGCUGUUAAUGGUCUCCUUAUUUAGAUAAUCACGUCAUAAAGUGUCUGAGCUUAACCACCGAUACAUCUUAAACGCACUGCGCAACAUUAGCGACCGUUUUGUUUACACGGUGAUUAAAAACAGUCCUGACUAAUAGUGUCCAGCAGUGCUCAGAGUGCAGAAGGUUAGAGAUGCUGUGACGUGCGCUCAUUAGUCAUCAGAACUCAAGUCAAUCACACACACUCGCGCCCUCAGUUCUUCAGGAGGGGAGAUGCGCUUCACUGCCCCACUGCCACACUUAAACCCAACAGCAGCACAAAUGACCAAACCGAACACGUCUGUCCCGUGGGCAGGGAGGCUCUUGAGAGUGUUUGCGUGAUCCUUGGCUUGAGCUCAAUGUCUUCUGAAUGUACGUGGUCGAUUCUCGUCGUGUUGGGCUUCAUCCUGGCUGCAGAUGCUCAUGGAGGAACUGUAUGCACCGUAAGGUCAAGCACAGGCAAAGAAGUUCUCUUAGGUUCCAACUUCACCGUCUCCUGCAUCUUCAACAAGCCAUGCACUAAACAAUUGUUUCGGAAUAAUGAGCCAAUCAAGUAUGAGCUAUCUCCCAGGUCAAGAGAGGUGUUUGUGUAUAUUAGGAAUUUAACAACGUUGAGCAUCUUUACCUGCAAGUGUAAUGACAACCCAGAGCCUUGCGGAAUUGACAUCACUCCAGGAUACCCUCCAAACUUUCCGCAAAAUCUCACCUGUAUACGAAAAACGGAAUUUGGCAAUGUUAGUUGCACUUGGACAACAGGAAGGGAUACCAAAAUUGUGACCACAUGUCAAUUACGGGUUCAAGGUGAUCCACACCAUGGCUAUGAGAGUGUUAUGAACUCUUCAGGAUUUUGUUGGGCCACAUUCCCUAUCAAAAGCCGAAUGUCACAACUAACUGUGUCACUCAAUGUCUCUAAUAGCCUGGGCUCAAAUACCUCAGGUCCUCACACAUUUACCCUCAGCAAUAUAGUACAACCAUCAUUACCGAAAAUCAAGCAUGUGGACUGCUCCUCCCGAUGGUGCCACCUACACACUGACAACCACAGCAUGAACUUAGUGGAAGUCCAAUACAAAUCGCCAAAAGGCAUCUGGAAGAAAGUUCAGAUCAAUGGUAAGAAAAGUUUAAACAUAUCCUUGCUGGAGCCAUAUACAAAAUACAUGUUUCAGAUCAGGAGGAAAAUAAACCAAACCAUGGGUCUGUGGAGUUACUGGAGUCAAGCAAAGGAAGCAGAAACCAAAGAAGAAGCUCCUGACAAGGUCCUUGACUUCUGGUACCUCCGAGAACUGAAACCUUCACAAAGUGAAAAGUGUUUCCGCAUAUUUUGGAAGGAAUUAAGUGUGUCAGAUGCCAAGGGGAAAAUCCAUCAGUAUGAUAUAACUGUGAAGAAGGGGAACUCAAGAGAAAUCAUUGUAGUUCCACGCCGAAUAAAUGAGAGCAUAUGCUGCUCUGACUGCUCUGUUUCAGUCUCCGCAGUGAACUCAAUGGGUCAAUCUCCUGAAAAUUUCAUUAAGCUUCAGACUCCACAUCUCGUUUCAGGUUUCCUGUCCCAUAAGUCAUUGAGCAAUCAUAGCAUUGCCCUCUCCUGGCCGAGGCUUGCCAUUGCAGGCAAUAUAACAGAGUAUGUGGUGCAUUGGUAUCCUGUUGGAGACAUUGAAGAGAUUCAGUGGAUUAGGGUGGUGGACACGAAAGCCAAUAUUACCGGUCUACGGCCUCAAGAAUGCUUUCAGGGUGCUGUUACAGCUCUGACCUCAAAUGGUCCUGUGGCAUCUAAUAAAGACCUCUCCACAUGGCAGUCAGCUCCAGAACAGGGUCCGGUUCCUCAACAAGUGAAGAAGAAGACUGAGAGUUUAAUAGUAAAAUGGUCUAAAAUUCCUCAAGAAAAGAGAGGAGGCUGUUUGAAAAAAUACACAGUCUACUUGAUGGACAAGUCGAAGGGGGAAAUACACCAUUACAGUGUGGACUAUCCAUUGACAGAGUAUAUCAUCAGUGGUUUGUCACCUGGGCAGUGCUACAAUCUGUGGGUCACGGCCUGGACAGAUGCUGGAGAGGGACCCAGAGGAAGUGAUCUCCCAUUCUGCACACCAACAGAUACAGAGAGACUACUUUCCCUUGUGAUCUUGGCUGGUGGAGCAGUACUCUUUUUCUGUCUUUUCCUCAUCUGCAUCUGUCAGUUCUCCUCUGUUCAGAGACGAUUCCUAAGUUGUUUCCAGUGUCUGCUGCCUAGAGUUAUUCCAGAUCCAGCAAACAGCAAAUGUGCAAAGACUUAUGACAAGGAAAUUCUAUUCUAUCUUCAACAAUAUGACUCCAGCAUGAGCGAGGAGCCUGAAAAUGUGGAAGUGGAGGAAGUGCCCUAUCACCCCAGCUUCACCUGCACCUACAUCAAAAGCUUCUCUCAAGAGUCUGACUCCUCUGAUGCCACGCAGAUCACCAGGAACACGGACAUCUCCGAGGACUACAUCUCCACACACGGAGCAAUAAGUGGAGGAGAGGAGGAGGAGGACGAGGAAAAAGAGAUGGGUUUGGAUGAAUUUGAAUUCUUCCCAAGCAUUCGCAGCCCUUUCUUGGAGCCCCUGGUUUCGACUGGAGGGAAGCUGACACUGGACGUGGUGAAAAUAGACUGCAGUGAAUUCCUUGAUUGCACAUGAUCCUCCAUGGGCAUUAAGAUUUGACCUGAAUUUAACUGUAAUAUGGGUGCUGAAAUGUAAUGAUGGAGAUCACAAACAUCAUUACAAAGACAUAUUUGCAAAAAAGCAUCUUGCUUUUAAUCCCAGCCAUGCCUGAAAGAGGACAAGCGACUUAUCUUUUUUCAUACUGUUCUUUUAUAUCAGAGUGAAAUGGAUAAUGCGAGAGGAAGCAGAGCAGAAUGCUGUUGACUGAAAGGAGGGAACAUGAUGUAAAGUCAGCAUGAAGCAGAAGUUCCAAUAGUCUUUCUUAUUGUGAUCUAUAGGUGAACAAAAUGGGGUUUUGAAGAAGGAAAUCCGGUUUUGGUUCAUCAGGAAUUUAUUGGAUUGCUGUGGUUUGCUGUUAGUAGUUCUUAACCCAGAGUGAGAGCUCUGAGGUGUUGAAGGAGUUUCUUGGCAGGGCUCUAAGUGUACAUUUUAGGGUCUUGACACACCAAAAUGAUUGUUUGUGGCCAAGGUAAGCCAUUGGUAAGCAUCUAUCUGGCGAGUAUUUGCUCACAUUGGAAGCAUGUUCAGCAUGUUAAAACGACAUUGAAGCUGUCAAUGAAUCAACAAACUCUCGUCAAGAUCAUAGUUUCUUGGUCGGUGCACAUGAAUACAAUCAUAAGUGAUGAAAGUGUGCAUAUAAUUCAUGAUGGGUCUCUUAUCUUAUGAUUUUCUCAACUGAACAUACAGUUGAAGUCAGAAUUAUUAGCCCCCCCACCCCCCCAACCACCCCCAAUUUCUGUUUAACGGA